AUUCAGUUUAAUUUUUUUUUAUAUUUUUUUUCUGUUUAUCUGCAAAAUUGGAGGAGUUUGUUGUUUGUUCAAGCCGGAGCUGCUAGAUUUGUUCCCAUGGAUUAUGAUUUCUUAUCUACGCUCUUAGUGAAGUAGAAGAAACAGGUAAUUGGUGGGAGUCCUGAAGCUGGUGGUCCGGUUAUCAGUUCCGGAGAUUCGACGCGUAGCUACAGAAGCAUAUUAUUCACUCACUGGGGAAGUCGUUCAUCGCUGUUUUCCAGUGCAAAUCUCAUUCUCGCCUUGAUCAUUACCCUCCUAUGUCCACUGCUUUAGCUUGACGCAUCCACUUUCUUGGCCGGAUAGAAAUUUAAGUAAAUGGAUGUCAACCAUAGCUCUCGUGGAAAUAAUGUGGAGAAACCAGAAGCUCAUAAACCCUUUAACAAGGAUGCAGCACUAGGAUAUGAUCUUUGGACAGAUGGGCUUAUUUGUGCGUUUGAAUUCAUUGGAAGACCAAAGAAAUCAAUCGAUUCAAAAUCCAGAACCAAGAUGCCUGAUAAGCAACAACUGAAUAGUGAAUUUCCGACCACGCGGACACCUACAACUGAACUGAAUAACGACAAUGUCAUUGCACGGGAGAGGAGAAGAUUACUAGAACCCACAUCCACGGAUGAUCCAAAGAGCCAAUGUGGCCAGUUUUAUGAAAGAGAAAGAUUUGAGGGCAAUAAUUGGUUGCCUAUAGGAUGGGACAGAAUAUCAGAGCUGGUUCAAACAAUACAAGUAGAUGCUGAAUGGGCCUUAAUGUCAUGUGAUUUCAUGGAUGAAGAAGAUGACCUUACAGUUGCAGAUCUUGUAGCACCUUAUUGGAAGCGUCCAGCUGGACCUAUAUGGUGGUGCCAUGUCUCUGCAAGCCACCCUUCCGUUGAGGCGUGGCUCAGAACUGCUCACUGGUUGCAUCCUGCCAUUAGUUUAGCUUUAAGAGAUGAAAGUCGACUCAUAAGCGACCGCAUGAAGCACCUUUUCUAUGAGGUUCCAGUAAGGGUGGCUGGAGGACUGCUAUUUGAACUACUUGGACAAUCUGCUGGUGAUCCAUUAAGUGAAGAGGAUGACAUUCCCAUUGUACUUCGAUCUUGGCAAGCUCAGAACUUCCUGAUAACGUCAUUGCAUGUUAAAGGACCGGUAUCAAACAUAAAUGUUUUAGGUGUCACAGAAGUUCAGGAGCUUCUGAUAACAGGAGGUUAUAAUGCACCAAGAACGGUGCAUGAAGUUAUUGCACAACUAACUUGCCGUCUUUCAAGAUGGGAUGAUAGGCUAUUUAGAAAAUACAUAUUUGGAGCUGCGGAUGAGAUUGAAUUGAAAUUUAUGGACAGGAGAAACCAUGAAGAUAUGCAUCUUUUUAGUAUCAUCCUGAAUCAAGAAAUCAGAAAAUUAUCAAGACAGGUUAUCAGAGUUAAGUGGUCGCUGCAUGCAAGAGAGGAGAUUAUAUAUGAACUUCUUCAACAUCUACGGGGAUAUGUGGCAAAAAGCUUAUUAGAGAGCGUAAGAAAGAGCACAAGGCAGAUGAUUGAAGAGCAGGAAGCAGUUCGUGAUCGUUUAUUCACCAUUCAAGAUGUCAUGCAGAGUAACGUUCGUGCAUGGUUACAGGACAAAAGCCUCCGAGUGACUCAUAACUUGGCGGUUUUUGGUGGCUGUGGGCUUGUUCUUUCCAUAAUAACCGGGCUGUUCGGAAUCAACGUGGACGGGAUCCCGGGAGCGGAAGAUACACCGUAUGCAUUUGCAUUAUUUUCAGGAAUCCUAUUCUUGUUAGGAAUUGGACUGAUGGGAGGGGGGCUGGUUUACCUCGGCUUGAAGAAGCCCAUGACAGACGAGAUGGUUGAAGUCAGGAAGAUGGAACUGCAAGAGUUGGUUAAAAUGUUUCAGCAUGAGGCUGAAACUCAUGCUCAGGUACGAAAAUCGAUAACUCGCAACAAUAUGCCUCCUACUGCAAGAGAUCUUUUCACAGCUGAUGCGGAUUAUGUGCUCAUCGAAUGAACAUGUCGACUCCGAAAAUGCUAGAGAUGGAACCUCGGCUUGUUGAGAGUGGAAUAGAUCGUCGUCGUCGUCUAACAACUGCAACUUUAUAACUGUAGAGAUGCUUAAGGGCGGUCGGAAUUGUUUGCUUGUUUAUUGGCUAUAAAGAAGAGAAUAACAGCCUAUGAAAGGUAUUGUUUAGUAAAGCAUAAAUAUAAUCAAAUAUGUAAAAGCAGAAAUGUUCUGUAGUACUUGUAGACAUUAAUAAUCAAAUAUCAUCUAGUGGCUUGCUCUC